UUGGGAGUUUGCUUGCACCUCAGAUUUCAACGAGCAAAAGAAUAAAGUGUAAAGUUGUAUGAUUAGUUCAGUACUGUUUUCGGUUGCUCCAAGAACAGCGUAAAUUUCUUGAAAAGGAGCUCAUUUUCCAAGGGUGACAGUUAAUCAGAGGUGAAGAGUAUGAAGAAGCAGUUUGCGGCUUCAGUGUUCUUGUUUUCUUGGCUUCUGCUCCAAUGUUUGGGCCACGAUUUGCCAUUUAAGGCGGUGAAUUUGGGGGGAUGGCUUGUGAUUGAAGGCUGGAUGACCCCAUCUCUUUUUGAUGCCAUCCCCAACAAAGAUCUCCUGGAUGGAACUCAAGUGCAUUUGAAGUCUGUAAGGCUCAACAAGUACCUAUGUGCGGAAAAUGGUGGUGGUUCGGCCUUGGUAGCUAACCGUGCUAUUCCUAGAAGCUGGGAAACUUUCAGGUUGUGGAGAAUCAACGAGACGACCUUCAAUUUUAGAGUUCUCAACAAAGAUUUCAUUGGACUAAGUACUCAAGGUUUAGGGAAUAAAGUAUCUGCCCAUGCAUCUGAACCAGGGACGGCUGAAUCAUUCAGGAUUGUACGCAAUGGUGAUAAUCCACUUAGAGUCCGUAUCCAAGCAGCGAAUGACCUUUAUCUGCAGGCAGCAACAGAAGAUUAUGUGAUGGCGAAUUACUCGGGAAGCCCUGAUGAGUGGGAGGAUCAAGAUCCUUCCGUAUUUGAAAUGCAUAUUGUCAAGACCUUGCAAGGGGAAUAUCAAUUAACCAACGGCUAUGGUCCAGAUGUAGCUCCUGAAAUAAUGAGAAAUCAUUGGAGCACUUACAUUACUGAAGACGAUUUCAGAUUUAUGUCCCAGAAUGGUCUCAAUGCCGUUAGAAUUCCAGUGGGCUGGUGGAUCAUUAAUGAUCCUGUUCCACCAAAACCAUUUGUUGGGGGUUCUUUGCAAGCUCUAGACAACGCAUUCGAGUGGGCUUUUAACUACAAUAUGAAGGUCAUAUUGGAUCUGCAUGCAGUUCCAGGAUCACAGAACGGUAAUCAUCACAGUGGAACCAGAGAUGGAUUCCUGGAAUGGGGUGAUUCCAGAAUACCCGAAACUGUUUCAGUCAUAGACUUCUUGGCUGCAAGGUAUGCUGAUCACCCAAGUCUCAUAGCAAUCGAAUUGAUGAAUGAGCCAUUAGCUCCUGGUGUCACUUUGGAUAGCUUGAGAAAGUACUAUAAAGCCGGUUAUGAUGCCGUCAGAGCAUACACUUCCACUGCUUAUGUUAUUCUAUCAAAUAGAUUAGGAGAAGCAAACCAUACAGAACUCCUCCCGUUUGCUGCAGGACUCAACUACUCGGUCAUAGAUGUUCACUACUACAACCGGUAUUCAGACUAUUUCCGGAGCUUGAACGGUCAGCAGAACGUCGAUUAUGUCUACAAGAAAAGACCAAAGCAGCUGCAAGAAGUGACUCGUCCCGGUGGUCCUUUGAGCUUUGUCGGAGAAUGGACUGCUGAUUUGUACAUCGACAAUGCCUCGAUGCAAGAUUAUCGGAGAUUUGCAAAAGCUCAGCUCGACGUUUAUGGGAAGGCCACGUUUGGAUGGGCUUAUUGGUCGUACAAGUGCGAGCAGAAGCAUUGGAGUUUCAGGUGGAUGAUCGAAAACGGCUAUAUGGAGCUCUGAUAGCUCUGAAAUUUCAUGUUUGUACUAUCAUCAGUUAAACCAAGACAUAAGCAAGGGAAAUAUUUAUAUCUAUACAUAUAUUGUUGAAUUCUCUUUGAACAAUAAUAGUAUUUUUUGCAAAGAGUUAGGUAAAUAUUAGUAAAAGAAUGAUAAUGAAGUGUUUAUUUCUGA